GAGCAGCGUGUCCGGCGCGCCGCUCGUUGCCUCGUUCCUUUAUGUUCAUCUCAUUCUGAGAGAUACGGUGCAACACGGUACGCGCGAAAUAAUCCGUUCCAAUCGGCGGUAUCGAGCAGCCAAGAACGAUUCAAAAUGACUGAAACUCUACAACUGAGGGGCACGCUUCGCGGCCACAAUGGAUGGGUCACGCAAAUCGCAACGAAUCCGAAAUAUCCAGACAUGAUAUUGUCUUCUUCACGUGAUAAGACUUUGAUUGUAUGGAAAUUGACCCGUGACGAAGCUAACUAUGGUAUCCCACAAAAGCGUCUCUAUGGUCACUCACACUUUAUAAGUGACGUAGUUCUCUCAUCCGAUGGUAACUACGCUUUGUCUGGUUCAUGGGAUAAAACUUUGCGUCUUUGGGAUUUGGCGGCUGGUCGUACAACCAGAAGAUUUGAAGACCAUACCAAGGAUGUUUUAAGCGUUGCUUUCUCCGUGGACAACCGUCAGAUUGUCUCUGGCUCCCGAGACAAGACAAUUAAAUUGUGGAAUACAUUGGCCGAAUGCAAAUACACCAUUCAGGAUGAUGGGCACACAGACUGGGUCAGUUGUGUACGCUUCUCUCCUAAUCACGCGAAUCCCAUCAUCGUCUCUGCAGGCUGGGACCGUGUUGUUAAGGUCUGGAACUUGACAAAUUGCAGAUUGAAGAUUAAUCAUAGUGGUCACACUGGAUACCUAAAUACUGUUACAGUAUCACCUGAUGGAUCACUUUGUGCAUCUGGUGGAAAGGAUUGCAAAGCUAUGCUGUGGGAUCUGAAUGACGGAAAACACCUCCACACCUUGGACCAUAACGAUAUCAUUACGGCGUUAUGCUUUAGCCCUAAUCGUUACUGGCUAUGCGCUGCAUUUGGACCAUGGAUCAAGAUCUGGGAUCUCGAGACCAAGGAGAUGGUGGAGGAAUUGAAACCUGAAGUUGUGUCUGCAACCAGUAAAGCAGAACCACCUCUCUGCUUGUCCCUCGCGUGGUCCACUGACGGCCAGACAUUGUUCGCUGGAUACUCUGAUAAUACUAUUCGCGUUUGGCAAGUUUCUGUAUCCAGCAGAUAAAUACUUUGUAAUAAAAGUUUAAAUCCAAUUUUCUCAACCGUA